UACCAAAUUAUUAUUUAGAAUUCAAGCCAAGCUGACAUGUGACAUUAACUCACUGCCUGUUAUAGAGCAUGGGAGCAAUUCUAUUUCUCCUGAUUCUGGCGCUUCUCAAGGACCAUGGUCAUGGAGCUCCACAGAAAGAUAUCGAUGAGUGUAGUAACAACUCACUCAUCUGUGGGGACAAUUCAGCUUGUUUCAAUACUGUUGGUAGCUACUAUUGUGAGUGUCUUCCUGGGUUUAUGGACGUCGCUGGUGCCACUCGACAAUGCUUGGACAUAGAAGAGUGUGUUGAGUACCAACAUAUUUGUGGGGAAUGGGGAACCUGUCUUAAUCAGGUGGGUAGCUACCUGUGCCAGUGUCCCAAUGGAUUUAGAAACACUGGCGACGGACAAACUCAGUGUGUAGACAUUAACGAGUGUAAGAUAGACAGAGUAUGUGGAAAGAGGGGGAUCUGCCAAAACCUGAAUGGCAGCUACUGGUGCCAGUGUUCUGCUGGAUUUACUAACUUCGGCAACAACCAAACUAAGUGUGUAGAGCUAAAUUGUGACCAGGAUGAAACACAGGGUACGCCUGGACAGACUCUUCCAGGCUUUGACCAUUUCUUGUCUCUGUUGAGAAACAACUGUUUGAUGUUGAGUAAAUCUACAUUGUCUGGACCUACAGGAAAUGUGCUUUUGACAUUACUGGUUAAUGCCACUGAUGUUCUUCAAUUGGGCCUCCAGUCCAACGGUCAUCGUAGUAGCAGUGAAGUGACUAGCUUACUGAGGACAGUUGAAAUCUCUAUCAGACUGAUCGCUCCACAGCUGACAGAGAACGUGACCAGGAUAGAGACCAACCACACAGAGGCUGAGAUUAUGGUGAGGAGAGACCAGACUCCACCUGAAGGACCAGUCAGCCUGACCAAUGAGAACACUCAACUUGACACCACCUGGGAGACGGCGGUUGGAGAUUACCAGAAUUACCCAGGGUUUGCCUUUGUCGUUCUGCUCAGCUAUAAGAAUCUGGAUACUCUGAAGGACAGUUUUUCUCAUCAGAGCCAGCAGCUCAUGUCCAGUGCUGUGACGGUGUCCGUUAGCAACUCCAACACAACAAACCUGCCCCAACCGGUUAAUCUCACCUUCAAUCACCUGCAGUCCAGUGAUGUUGACUCCACCUGUGUUUAUUGGUCGGAUGAGAAUGGACCGGGGGAGUGGUCUGGGCAGGGUUGCACUUCAGUAAUGUCAAACUCCACCCACACUGUGUGCUCCUGCAACCAUCUCAGCACAUUUGCUCUGCUGAAGGGAAUCCAUCAGAAAAAGGAAAGCGGCCAGCUGUCGGUGGUGAUGUGGGUGGGCAUUUCUGUGGCACUGGCCUUUGUGGUCCUAUCCCUGAUCAUGUCCCUGUGGUGUCGCAAUUUCAGUCGCAAACGCCGUGGAGGACACCGACUGCAACAGGAUAUACAACUCUAUAGCAAAUAAGACAUGGAUUUGAACUAUUGGUAUUAUAAGAAAAGCUUUACUUGGAAUCCAUUUGUAACAUUGUCUCUUGGCUUGCAAGGACAAAUGCCAGCAUUUUUAUUUAAUUAAGUAGUAUAAAAUGUAUCAAACAAAAAAUAUAUAAGAACACAUAACUUUAUGUUAAUAGAUAUACAAUAUCUCAUGUAUAUAACGCUUAAAAGUUCCAGACUGUAACAGCAGAGCUCUCAUCUCUAUGGCAAAAUACACAAGUCAUUUUAGUCUCAUAAGCAUGGUCUGUAAUUUGUAGCAUGAAUUUUUCUAGAAUAGUGGUAUAUCCACUCAAAGCUGUAUUUGUCCAGUAUCAUGCCACUUGGUUGUUGUUGUAACCGAGUUAUUUUAAGUGAAAGUAAUAUUUUUCCUGUGUAUUAAAAUGUAUUUUAAUC